GAUCGGGAGGAUCCGAUGUGGAGACGGCGGAGCGGGAUACGGAAUGGACCAGGAUGACAGUGAAGGAGAAGCCAUCCUCAAGAACCAGUCAGUUGGUGGCUGGGGUUUACUGCAGAUUGCUGGAUGCACAGGCUUAACUGCCUACGUAGUAUGGGCAGGGAUAUUGAUGCCCGGUUUCAGAAGGGUACCUCUAAGGUUACAGGUACCGUACAUACCUGCAAGUCGCAAGCAGGUGCAGAAUGUGAUGACGUUACUUGAAGGCCGUUCUGGCAAGAUGGUGGACUUGGGAUCGGGUGAUGGCAGAAUUGUUCUAGAAGCUAGCAAGCGUGGCUUCCACCCGGCAGUUGGCUAUGAAUUGAACCCAUGGCUCAUCAGAUUGUCGCAGUUCCACGCUUGGAGAGCAGGCUACCUUGACAAGGUUUCCUACAUGAAACAAGACUUGUGGCAGGUUGAUUUGUCACACUGUUCCAAUGUCACAGUUUUCCUGGCUCCCAGUGUGCUUUCUUUACUGGAAGCCAAGCUCUUAUCUGAACUUCCGGAAGACGCCUGGAUUGUUGCUGGUCGAUUCCCUUUUCCAAGCUGGAAACCAUGCUGCACGGUUGGCGAGGGGGUGGACAGAGCCUGGCUUUACAGUGCCAAAAGGCUACGUCAAGAAAAUAAAUCCCAAAUCGCACAGGAAGGAACAGCAGUGUAACAGCAGCUGUCAGCCGCUAACUGCUGAUGCGUGAAUUAAAGAAGAGACAGUUAAAUUAUUUCUUUUAUCUUUGUUAGCUACAAGCUGCAUCAAAAAUGUUUUUAGUAACCACAGCAGUGGGUUUUUUAUGUAAAUACAUUUUUUUAUUAGGAACUACCUAUUUUCCAUCAUUCUUCUGUAACGUUAUCAAAUUAGCGUCUCCAGGGAAAAUGGCUUGAAUGUCUAGAAGCUGUAGGAAUUGCACUUCUAAGGAUUUCCACCAAGCUUUCCACACAGUUAUAGCAGAAAUUUAGAACAGCGCCCAUGGAGUUGAGUUGGAAUCUAUCAGUUGUAAGUGAGAAGUUUUGCAAUGUGGGGAAGGAAAUUGGGGUUUGAUGUUGAGCACCAAAGAUUUUCACAUUUUAAAAAUUAUCUGUUGAUGUUCUGCCACUUUCUGUCAUUGAUAGUUCUUCUGAACUAAAGAAAUCAAGAGUACCACGCCCUUUAUUGUUCAAAAUAUAUAACUAACCUUUAUUGGUUUUAGGGAUAACAGUUAAAACAGUGGCUAAGUUGAUGGGUACGGAUAACCAAGAAUUUCUAUGAAGCACAAUGGGUUAAGUGGUAUAGAUAUGUGACUGAAACCUUUUAGAGUAAACAGCUUGUCAAGCUAAAGUGGAUUAUGCAAAGAUAUUCCUUCAGAUAAUAAAAUUUUAGAUCAAUAAACCCUGAGUAUAAGAGUUAUAGAGCAAUACAGCACUGAAGCAGACCUUUCAGCCCAACUCGUCCGUGCCAACCAAGAUGCCCAUUUAAGCUAGUCCUGUUUGCCCACAUUUAGCCCAUUUCCCUCUAAAUCUUUCCUAUCCACGUACCUAUCCGAAUGUCUCUUAAAUGUUGUUAUUGUACCUGCCUCAACCACUUUCUCUGGCAGCUCUUCUCCAUGAAGUUGUUGGCCCUCAGGUCCCUUUUAAAUCUUUGCCCUCUCACCUUAAACCUAUGUCCUCUAGUUUUUGAUUCCCUUUCCCUGGGGAAAAAGUCUGCAUUCACCCUGUCUGCUUCUCAUGAUUUUAUACCCCUCUAUAAGGUCUCUAUCACUCCUUGGUCUCCUAUAGUGCAAGGAAUAAAGUCCAAGCCUGCCCAACCUCUCCCUAUCGCUCAAUCCCUCAAGUCCUGGCAACAUUUUCUCAAAUCUCCUUUGCACUCUUUCCAGCUUGAUGUCUUUUCUAUUGCAGGUUAACCAAAACUGCACACGAUACUCCAGGUGCGGCCUCACCAAUGUUUUGUACAACUGCAAAGUAAUGUCCCAAGUACUAUACUCAGUGCCCUGACUGAUGAAGGCCAGCGUGCCAAACCUGUGACCCCACUUUCGGGGAGCUAUGUACUUAUACUACUUGAUGGUGCUGCAGCCAAGAGUAAAGGCUCCUUGUAAAGUUCCCAGGGUAUCCCUCCAUCUGGGGUGAAUGUAAUACAUUUUAGAAUGAGUACUUAUUAUAAGUAUUUAUAUGGCUCAUCCACAAGGUUAAGUUGGGUGAAUUUUCACAACAGUGGGUUGGGUUAGCUGACAAUUAUGUGUUGGAAAAACACAGGAUCGGCUACAACCUCACUCCAAUGUCCCAGGGCCCCAAAGUUUCCUCAGGUUUUAGAAUUCACCCAUUUGUUGAGAAAAAGUGAGAUCCAUUUAUUGUACAGUUAUUCGACAAUGUUUGCCAGUCUACCCCAGUUGUUCUGUUUUGUUUACAAUAUAUAUAUUUAACCUCUUAAGAUAAACUACUGUGAUUUCUAACUUAAAACUCACAAGAUAUUUGCAUUUGUAAAUAAUAACUGUUUUAAUGUGAACCCUUUAAGAAUUAUUUACCUUUCGAUUUCUGAUUUCAUCAGCUUGAAUUGGGAAACCUUGACAUUCACAGAGACAGAUUUAGAGCCGACAAAGAUUUGUAGCAGUUCUUGUGUUUAUAUCACUUUGAUAUUGAGGACCAUUAUGAGACAAUUGUUCAGUUUGAUUCAUUUACCCCUCUUUCCCAUUACAGAGCCAAAGAAUUUAUUGUUAGGUUGACUUGCUGUAUUUUUGUUCAUUAUGUGUUGGAAAAACACAGGAUCAGCUGCAACCUCACUCCAAUAUCCCAGGGUAGGAGACCAAAGGCAUCAGUGAGCUAGGUGGCUUUGUACAGCAGCGAUCACCAUUGUGAUAGUAGUUUAUUAAAGUUUUGUUAAAUAUAAUCAAAAUAUUUCCAAGUGUUGUGGUAGGAUUCAGACCUGUGUUUCUGGAUCAACAGUCCUAGGUUCUGGAUCCUAGUCCUAUAACUUUAACUUAACCACUAUUCUACCAUGCCCCAGAAGACUGACGUUGUCUCUGCAACAGUAUCUUCUCAUUUUUGAAAGGUGUAAUCUGAUUUCCACUGGGUGCUUAAUGAUGUCCAGUUCUGCAAACUGAAUUCAUCCUUCGUUCUUUCUAACAUUUUAUUUCUUUUCAUCUUCUGAACCGAGAGAUGUGAAAUCAUAUCAAGUAACCAAUAAAAAGUGUUUGACCCAUUCCUUUCCAACAAGUUGGGUAAAAUAUUGAAUAUUAAGGGAGAAAGUGGCAGAGCCUUGUUUGACCUUUUUUUAAAAAUAAUAUUCAUUUCAGUAUAUUUCCCCCUCUCCUUGGAUGGUGUUGAUGUUCACGUUUUUAUCAGUUUGAAAGACCUGCCUAUUGUCCCACCCUGGGAACCCCUUAACUAUCACUUUUUGGCCCACAGUGUUGAAGGCCUACACUAGAUUCAGGCUAAUAUCGUCAUCUUGGCUUCCUCCAUAACGUUUUGAGUAUUGAUGUGUUUCCAUUACAUCCAAGUGUAGCUGCUAUUAAGUCCUAAUGUCUGGGGCUAAAAAUAAUUGUUUCAUACGAUUUUUGAAUAUAUAAUGCACCAGUGGGCCUCUAGUUAAUAUUUUUAAGUACUUCUCUGCUUUCUGUCUUGACAUUAGAACAGUGAGAUGUGAUAAAAUAUUUCUGGAGUUGUUAGGGUUUUAAGCCGGAAAGAAAGGUGUCCAGGUAGAAUGUCCAUGGCUUUAGGGUGAAAGGGAAAAGAUUUAGGGGGAACAUUAGAGGGAACUUCUUCACUCAAAGAGUGGUGGGAGUGUGGAAUGGGCUGCCAUCUGAUGUGGUAAAUGCGGGCUCGCUCUUAACUUUUAAGAGUAAAUUGGAUAGAUACAUGGACGAGAGAGGUCUGGAGGGGUAUGGGCUGGGGGCAGGUAAAUGGGACUAGCAGAAUAAUGUUUCGGCACAGACUAGAAGGGCCGAAUGGCCUGUUUUCUGUGCUGUAGUUUUCUAUGGUUCUAAGGCUAAAAUUGGUUCUCUCUGGUUCUAUUAGAUCUUCAGUGGCUGCUUCAUCACAGCCUGGUCACUUGUGUUGGAUUUACCUCUGUCUUGUGCCUUCCAUUGUUGUCUUAAUACAUUUGCAAACUUUGGUGGCUGCAGUUGUUAGGUAUUUGACAGAUUGUUUCUAUUUGUGGGUUUUUGUUCUUCCAUUAAAAGGCAUUUAUGCUGGUCCAUUUAUUGUUUGUCUUGCCAAUUUCUCUCUCAUUGAAGAAUAUUUGAGUUAUUUUAUUGAGAACUUAUUUCCCUUGUGUAUCUUUUUACUGGAAAAGUUAAAGAACCUUAUUUUUUGACUCUUGCUGGAGCUAUUUCAGUUAUUACCAUGUUUAGUUUUAUAGUCUGUUAAUAUUUGAGUUAUAAAUUCAAUAAGACUGCUUACUUUCUGCCUUUAUUUUUAAACUUGUUCUGCCACUGUUAUAAGUUUCAGUAUCUCACUUUCUCUGUUAUUGCAUUUUGGUGAGCUCUGGUGUUAUUGUUUACUCUUAGAACCUGAUCUGAGGAUUCAUAAUUAUCAUCACUUUGGUCUGUGUUCUGUUUCAGGAGCUAUUACAAAAUUUAUCGUUUAACAUUUCUUCCUCAUUGCUAUGAUCUCAACUUUUUGUUUUAUUCAAGAUGUUUCGCAGCUUUCAUUUCAUCGCUAAUUUUGAUAAUAACGAUAGCACAACAUUUGUACUUUGACUCAAGUUGUACAAGGAGAUGCAAUUCCUUAUUGAUUGCAGUUGAUUCUGGCAUUUUACUUUCUCUUUUAUUGGUAUUUUAUUGAGAACUGCAUGUCCCUGGAAUACCUACAUUCAUUGCCCGUUUUUGAUUGCCCUCGAGAAAUUAGUGGUGAGCCACUAUCUUGAACUGCUACAGUCCUUUGAUGAAGAUGCUCCCAAAAUUGCUGCUGGGAGGGAGGUGCAAGACAAUGGAAUUAUGAUGUAUUUUCAAGUCAAAAAUGUGUGCCACUUGGAGUGAACUUGCAGCUUGUAUUGUUAUCAUGCCUCUGCUGACCUUGUGGUAGAUGUUGCAUGUUCUGGGAGGCACUAUUGAAGUAGGCUAGCUGAGUAACUGCAGUCCAUUUUGUAGAUUUUACUGAAAAACAGCCAGAGUUCACCAGUACUGGAGGGAAUGGAUGGAGUGCCAAUCAAGUACGCUUCUAUGUCCUGGAAAGUGUCAAGCUCUUGGACAGUUAUUAAAGUUGCACUUAUCCAGACAAGUGGAGAUUAUUCAAUCACACUUCUGACUUUUGUCUUGAAGAGCAUCGGGCAGCGAUCCACUGGAUACCAAGCCUUUAACCUGCUCUUAUAGCCACAAUAUGUGGCUGGUACAGUUGGAUUUCUGGUCAUUGAUGACCCCCGAUUGUAGGUGGUGGGGGCCUCAGCUAUGGUAUUACUUGCCACAUUAUCAGCCUAUGCCUGAAUGUUUAACCUAAUGCCACAAGACUUCAUUGGGUUGUGGAGUCAAUGUUGAGGAUUCCAAGGCCUGCAUACCAUUGUCCCAGCAGCUUGGGAGGUGGGAUAGGGUAAACCAAGAAGUUGCAAUGGAAGAGUCAGUUAUAACACGAGAAGAACUAUGCUUGACUAGUCUGUGCAUAACUGUCCCAGUUUAGAUACCAGUACCCAGAUGUUUUGAGGAGGACAUUGCAAGACCAGGUGGGCUGGGAGUAAAUUUGUGGCGUCUAAAAUCAGUGCCUGUGUUGAUGCCAGAUGGCCUGUCUGGUUUUAAACUUUCUCUGUGUGAAUCUAGCUGUAAUAGUGCAACCGGGUGGCUCGUCAGGUCAUUUCAGAGGAUGUUUAAGAAUUAUCCACUGGAGUUAAACUUAGACCACAGAUACAGUUAUCAGGACAAUAGUUAACUGAAUGGGUUUAAGGCAGGGCUGUACCCUUAAUUAGAAUCAGGUAACUUUUGUGGUCAUCAUCAGGAUGUUGUUGUCAUUAUUUUCCAAAUUAUCUGAAUUUAAGUUCCACAGCUUGCCAUUGUGAAACUCAGAUCCCUGCAUUCUUGGCUCAGUAAUUUAACUGCCGCUCCAUCGCCAUUCCCAUCCCCUGGGGAUAGUUGAUUUGACUCUCAUUGCUCAGUUUGGUAAGUUAAUGUCUAUUGUGCUGCCCAGGCACACUUUUUAUGGAAUAUUUCCAAUUGCAGAUUCCGUAAUUAUAUUUAACAUUUUCCUUAGUGACAAGUAAUAGUAUUGUAAUUGCCUUUUGUAUUGCAUGUGAUGCAUAAUAGGAUUUAAUGAAUUUUUCCAAUCUCUUGGUUUUGUGUACUUUUUGAAUAUUACUGUGCUAAAGUUCAUUGCUAGGAAUGCUUAAUAAUAGGCAUCAUUGAUGGAGUAUAUUUAAGUAACAUGGACAUUUGAGAUUUGCCCAUUUAUGCUGAUUAAAUGUGUCACCGUAAGGCAGCAGCUUCAUCUUGAAUUUCUAAAUAAAACAUUAAAGCUGAA